AUGCCUCGAUCACCGACGGCGGCGGCAGCAGCGGUGGUGGCGGUGUCCCUCCCUCCGCCACUGUGGCGGCGCGCCUCUGCCGCAAUGGCAUGGGCUGCCCAGCAGGACCAGCAGAACCCGCCGCCGCAGCAACAGCAGCCGCCGCAGCAGCAGCCGCAACAGCAGCAGCAGCAGCAGCAACUUCAACGUCAGCAGCAAGAAGCGGCAGCUGGGGCCGCAGCCGCGGCGGGGUCGGCGGUCGGCGGGGACGAGGCACGGCUGGCCGACGGCAUGGCUGGUUUAUCCGUGGAGGGCCUCGGUGGGUCGUCUACGAUGGCCGGGGGGAACAACCUGGGUGCCGGUGCGGCGUCGGUUUCGCCGGGUGCGUUGCAGCUUGUGAUGUUGCAGCAAUACAACGAGAAUCUCGUUGCGAAAGUAUCGGCUUUGGAGCAAUCCCUGCAGCAGUUGCUGAACAACCAAGGUGGGGGCGCGGGUUCGCACGUGGUCGGCCCGCAUGCUGCUGAUGGCGCGGGAGCCGCGGUGGCGGUCGGUGCGGGUCUUGGUGCAGCUGCUGCUCCUGGGUCGGACGCUGAUCGCCAGCGUCGCUUCGCAAAAGCGGAAUUCGAGAGUACCGCUUCUGCUUGGCGUGCGGGACGUUUGAUGUGGGCGCUGCGUGGUAAGCGGGGAAUUGACGUUCCCAACAAAGAGACCCUGCAAACGAUGAUGGGGGGGACCGUUACCGGCACCGACAAGACUUUGCAGCAGCUUCGGACCAUGUCCGGACUGAACGUCCUCGACUUCUUUCCCGUUGGCAAUUCCGGUGAGCUGUCAGUCCCGGACCACUUCGAUUUGACCUGUGCUGCGAUCGUUAACGUGUUGAAAUUUGGUCUCUCUGCCACCUCCGCGGACAACGCUGCAGCUCUGGCGCGCUUGCUGCCCAUGGAGCAGGCCAUGCUUUCGGCGCGGGGUACGCUGCGCAUGCAAGCCCUCCGUCAUAUGGGCGAUUUUCAGGGGAGGGGGUCGCGGGGGACCUUCGCCGACCUCCCUAACGACGAUUUUCGGGAAUGGGCAAAUGCGGUAAUGUUGUGGAUGUUACCGAUGCAGAAUUUGCCGGUGCCGCCGGAGUCUUUCGAGCGCUUUGGCCCCCCGCCGGUUCCUCGGUUCGAUGGCAUCAACGGCUUCUCCAUGUCCGGGAGCAUUGCGCUACGGAUGUUCGGGACUGUGGGUGGUGGAGGGUCUUCUGGAUCGAGUGGGGUAAGAGACGGCGGGGGGACUCCCGCUCCGCGGGUGGGGACUCCAAACGCCGGUCGAAAGUGUGUUUCGAAUAUCGCGACUCCCAAACAUGCAGGUGGGGCGACUCCUGCGUGUUCCGCCAUGCGACUGGGGGCGGCAAGGGUGGCGGCGGCGGUGGGGGUCGCGCUUCGGGUGGAGGGGGAGCCUCGGGCGCCGCGACCGAUGGCGGAAGCGGCUCCUCGGCGUUGGUCGUUCGCCGGGGAGAUGGCAGCAACUGAGGACACGGGCUCUGCCUUUCGGCGGGGCCAACUCCACAGUCGUGUGGGAGCGUAGAUCAGACAGCGGGGCCGGGUUCCAGAGCGCUUGGGGCCGCCGCGUUGGCGGCGGCGGGCGUGGGUGUCGGUCGAGGGGCGUGUGUGCCCGGGGCUGUCUCUUCGUUGCGACCAGGAAGUGGAGUUGAAUCGAGCCGGGCAAGAGAUGUGCUCUGCCGUACUGGGGCCAGUCUCGUCCGCCAGUCACUUGCGCGAACGUCUGAACGAACUUACCUGGGCCUUUUUGGAGCCUGGGUGAAAUAUCGUGUGAUCGUGGUGAACCGGCCGGUUUUUAUUGCUGCCGAGGUUGUUACGCGUGAUGUCGUUGCUCAAUUGCUUGAGUACGUCGCGUAUUGUUUUUCCGUUUUGGGUCUACAACAAUCGACGAUCGCCAGUCAUUUGUCCGCUAUUAAGUUCUUCCAUCGUGUGUCGGGUGAAGGGGAGCUUGAUACGCAGCAUCCGCUGGUGCGUUGUGCUUUACGUGGGGCGGCGCGGGGGCAUGCCGACGUGGGCACACAGCAGCGGUUGCGACGGCCGGUGUCUUGGGCGAUGUUGCAACGGGGGAGUUCGCUGGUAUCGCAAUGGGGGGUAGGCGGGCGCGUUUUGUUUCUUGCGCUGAGUGCUUCUCUCUUCUUCCUGACGCGAGCAUCCGAGAUGUUUGCGGUGUCGAAAUUGUCUAUGCAUGAGGUUCAUGGAUUGCGUCGGGGGGAUGUAGCGUUUUUUCGGGGGUCGGUCCAGCUGUUGCAGUCGGCGCAGUGGCCAUUGGCCGAUCGCGUGGAGGUACGUUUUCGUUCGUCGAAAGGGGACCAGUUUCGGAAGGGGGAGGUUUGCACGCGCACACGGCAAGGUCCGUGCUGUGGGGUUGACCGAGGGGGUGGUGCAGUGGAUGUCAUGGUGGAGCUGCUUUCUCUGUAUACCUUUUUGCCUUCGCAUGCGCCUCUCGUGGCUUUCGGUGUUGGUCAGGGCCAGUGGGCCAUGUGGACUAAGUGUCAAGCUACUGUGGCUCUUCGCCAAGUGGUUGCGUUGGCGGGUUUGCAGCCCGAGGAGUACGCGCUGCACUCCCUGAGAAUUGGGGGCGCAACUUUCGGGGCGGCGGGGGGGGCUUCGCCGGAGGUUCUCCGAAGAGAAGGGCGUUGGUCGGGGGAGAGUAGUCACCAGUGUUACGUUCGGAAUGUUGGGGGUGACGCUUCGUGGGUGUCAGAGGUGUUGGCGAACAAGGAGAAGGUGACUACACAGCCAGGGCAAGGUACCCGAUGGGGUGACGUGUGAAGGGGUUCCGUGGCACGUUGUGUAUGUCGAGAUCCUUGUUGUACCGAUGGUAUUUUGCUGUACAUAUUGUAUGCCGCAUAUAUUGGACGUUGUACAUAUCGUAUGUUUUGCACAUAUUGUAUGUGGUAUAUGUUGUGCAUGGUUUGCCAAAAUAAAAGGGGAGGGGGGGGAUC